AUGGACCUCGCUUCCGACGCUAUCGAUGCGAGUGAAGUUGCACUUAAAAAACGGAAAAAAAAUAUGAGCAUAAAAAAGGCUAAGGCAAACUCAACCAAUUUGAAUUCAGACGAAACGAGUGACAUGGCAGUGGAGGCCCCCCCGACUCCUCCAAACGGGAACAACGCACAUGAAAGUGUGAUCAACGUCAAAAGUAAAGUAAAAAAACAUAGACUAAAAAAAGUGGACCAGCUGCAAAAUGGGGUUUCAAGAAACAGCGAUGGAGAAACUAAUGGAGAGUCGAACAAUCAACAAAACAGAAAGAACAAGUUGACAGAGAAAAAAAAAAAAAAUGACCAAAAUGAAAGUCUCGAUGGGGAGGGAGAACAGGAUGAAGUAACAAUUGUCGAUACGGCUGCAGAAAAAAAAGCAAAAUUGAAGGAAGCACGAAAAAUCAAAAAGGACUUGAAGGAAAAAAAAAACAACCCAAUAAACGUCAACAUCGACACGUUGCAAGAACAAAUUGACACAAUUAACAAACAGCCAACAAAAGACACCAAGCAAAUUAUCUUAGAACUGAAAAGUACACUAAACAUUGUGGACAGUUCGAACGAAAUUAAAAAAAUUGAUGGGCUAAAUACAAAUGAAGUAAAAACCCUAGACGCGUGGUAUUCUGCGAACAAGUUAAAAAUUAUCCCGUGCUUGUUUGAAGACAAACCACUGAAUGCGAACUUGCUAAAUGCGCUGUACCAUAUCGAACCGUCUUUUAGAAAUAAAAAGGGGAAAAUUAUCAUCUACCUAAAAUUUGUCAAGGCGAAAUAUGAAAAGUCCUUGAAGAGAGGAAGCGAGGGAAAGGUGGAUAACAGUGAUGAGGACAACAACGACAAGAAGAAGGACUCAAACAUGGAUGAAGCGAAAGACAGACAAGAACAGUGCAAAGAUAAAAUUAUGGACAUACUAAACAACGAUUUGCAAAAUUUAAAGGAAAAGGAAUACAUGAAAAAGGUACUCGAGUUUAUCAAGAACGAAAGCAGUUUUAUCAAUUUGAAGCAUUAUUUCGAUUUUCUCGAAAAUGCCCCCAUUGACAUGCUUGACGUUUUCCUAGAGGAAGAUGGACUAUCGUGCAUAAAACAGAUUUUGCAAAAUAUAGCCAAAAGGAAGCGCAUGAAAAAAUGCUCCACUUUGCUAAUUCAUAUACUAAAUAUUUUAAAAAAAUUAAAUAUCACUCUGGAUCAUUUAAAGCGCACAUUGAUAGGAAUCCCCAUCAAUUUUAUCGCUAGAAAUAAGGUCGAUGAGAAGAAUGACUUGAACUAUACCACGGAUAACGAGCAGGUUAGGAACAUGGCCAGGGGGCUAAUCGACGAGUGGAAGCGUAUUCGGGACAAAGCCUUAACUGGCGUGAGUGCCGAUCAGGGGGGCCAUCCAGCGGGAGAGGCAAACAGCGAAAGCAAACAGGAAAAAGCAGAAGAAAACAAAGCGCAGAACGAAACGCAAAACGAAGCUGAAAAUGAUGUGGAAAAUGCCCCAGAAAAUAGGCUAGACAGUGCAACACCGCCCCAGGGCGAUGCAAACAGCGGAGCGGGCCUCCCAACAAAAAGUAAAACCAUGGACGCACUCCCCAGGGAGAGCCCGAACGAAAGCUCAAUCAGGAAGGCGAAAUCGAUGAACCUUACGAAGGACGAAAAAACAAACCAAGAAGAAACGAACUUAAGUCCCAAUGUCGUCCAUCUGGAGCCGAAAGGUGUAAUCCCCCUUGGGAAAAAUAAUGAUAAAAAAAAAGCAGUCAAGUCCAACGAAAGCAAAAAUAUUAUGCUAGAAAUAAUAGACACGCUGAAUGAAGAGUACCAAAAGAAAAAGAAAAGACAUCAAGAAUAUAAGAAAGCAAAAAUAGAAGGAAAAAUCAAAAAGUUUAGUUCCUUGAAAAAUACGCCUGAAAAUGUGAAGAGUGAAAUUAUCCUCCCCGAUAUUGCCAGUAUUCCUAACCCCCAUUUGGACAGUCCCUUAAGUAAAAGACAUCUCCUAGGCGAUUUUCCUCCACCCACCUCCCUACCCGAGAAUCAUCACAUGAGCAAAAAUUUCCCACAUAACAGUAGCAGUGUUAUGAAUAACUACAUGCAAAGCUCAACCUAUACAAUGAAUAAAAGUGCGAGGAUGAUGAGUGAAUCUCCCCCACCACAUGAUAGGUUCAACAGAGGAAACGAAAACUACCCUUUAGAGUUCCCAAGAAAACAGAACGGAAAUGCAUACCUACAGGAGGAAGAGCACUACAACAGUAGCAACAUUGCUAGUAGAAAUUCACGCUUCCUGAACAGGACCACUUACCCAAGGGAAAACAAAUCUGCAUACAUGAACGAAUACAACGGUUCCCACGAUGGUACGAACAUUGCGGGUCGACCGUAUGAAGAGGAUGAAACCUUGUAUGGUCAUUCUCCGUCCAACAUGAUGAACAGAGAUAUGAGCUUUUUAAAAAAUAAACGUGGCUAUCCACCCGCUCGGUAUGGCAGGAACGCUAGUCAUGAUCAUGAUGAGAGGUAUAGGGAAAUAUCCCCCUACAGAGCGUAUCAUAAAGAAGGGCACUUAUCAGAUAGUAACUUUAACCACAUGGAAGAUGAUCGGUUUGGUAAUGUACCACAGAAAAGGAGAAGAAACGCGUCCCCUAGGAAUAAUCCUGAUGAUCUCCUCGUGAAUGAUCACCCCUAUAGAGGAAGAAACAGUGGUCAUAAUAAAACGGUCCAGUUUUCUGAUGAAAAUCCAACCGUGUAUUCCUACGAUGCACCCAGAUUGGAUCGAAGCAGAGGAAAAGAAAUGAGAAACAAAAUGAGUGAUGUCCACUCCGGGGUUCAGGAUCCAUUUGAACUUUAUCCAGGAGGUAACUAUCACCCAAGGGAUUUGAACGAAGGACCAAUGGAACGAUCGGCCAAAUGGGAAGAAGGAAGAAACGGUAAGAUUUUUCAUAAUAACAAUACGAUGUGGUUCAAAAAUAGGGAUGACAUUACUACCAACCAUGCGGGUAGUCAAGAGGGCGAGGGAGAGGACACCCUUUUGGGUUCCCUCACCAACCCAUUCAUGAAUUUAUUAACCUUUAAAAAUGUAUCCAAAGAUGGGAACAAACCUGCCAGUUGUGCUGGAGGUAAUAUGUUACCAUUCCUCCAUAGCACCUCAAAUGGUAACCAAAAUGAUGCCUUAAUUUUACUUAACUCCGUUUUACUAAAAAAUGCAGGGAAGAAAUAUGGUGAUUCUUUCGAAGCCACUUUUGGUAGUGCCUCACAUAUGAAGGAAAUGCUUCACGCAUCACUGAAGGAGAUUUUCAAGAAUUACAAAAGUUUCGAAAAUGUAAAAAUAAAUUACCAAGUUGCCAUAAAAGGGAACCACUACCCUCCAAAAAUAUUUGAAGACAGCGAAGUGCUCAAAAAUGACAUCAUCAUUAAAUUUAAUUAUGACUCUUUGGAGAAGGUUCCUAUAUACUUAACCAGUGGAGAUGCCCCAAAUAUGGCCCCAAGAAAAUACGACGCUAAGAUGGACAGUAGUAACAACACGGCAAAUAUCAUUCCUGACGAAUUUAACUUGUUGCCAUUACCAGAGUUGUUUCCCCCGCCGAAUUUAAACAACCUCAAACUUCCCCCCAUCCCGAUUAUACCUGGGCUUCCCUCAUCGCAAAAUAUUAUCCCUCCGAUUAUGUUACCUUAUAAUUCUGGUCCGUUUAAUGAACUGCAGCACGAAUCGACCCAAAGUGACGUAAGUGGCAACCCAACCGGCGGUGAAAAACUCUACACAUCCUUCGACGAUUUCUUAAACAUUUUUGACGAGGACAUUCGGAAUAUUCUGCUCAAAAAUACUGACCUUGCCAAAUUGCUCAUGAGCAAACCCGACGUCGUCAAGAAGAUGCUGAAAGGCCCCCAGUACAUUAACGAGGCCUUGUGUUCGUUGGAAGAGGAGCUUAAAAGUUGGAACCGGUCCUCCAGCUGA